AUGACUCCUAAGCCCAAGAAGAUCACUAAGACAGCUUCUACAGCAUCUUCAACUGCUAAUACGGUUACACAGGAUUUUAAAGAGGCAUACAGGCUGGCCCUGAAGUCGUAUAAGGAGCAAGUUAGCAGCGAUGCAAGAUUGAAAUUGAUUGAUAUAUUCUGCGCAUUCCUAGUGGUAAUCGCAGGCGUGCAAACCCUUUUCAUGGCAUUGAUUAGAGACACGUUCCCCUUCAAUGCAUUUUUGUCAGGUUUUAUCAUUUGUGUGGGCCAAUUCGUACUCCUAAUCAGUUUGAGAUUACAAGUCCAAGAACCAUUUGAGGGUGUUCCAAAGAACAGAGCGUUUGGCGAAUUUGUUAUCGCAAGUUUAAUCUUACAUUUCACCACACUACACUUUAUCAAUUGA